ACGACUUUUAAUUUCAAGCUAGCUAUCGCGUUUGUUUGUAUGCAGGCGGCCCCCCUCAGUCCGUUUCUGACCAUUGUCAGCGUCGGACUUGUGCCAAUCGAGCUCCCGAGCAUCGAUAACCGUAUCUUAUUCUGAAUAAAAUAUUACAAAUUAUUAAAAAUGGGAAAAAAAAAGUUAAAAGUUUCUAAAAUGAAGAUGAAAGCUCUGUACAUUGAAAAAUGUAAGGAUAUGGUCAAGAAAAGGAAACAAUUGUCCGAACAAAGAAAAACUAUGGAGUCGUCUCUGGAUUUAGGCGAAACUGAAACGAAUACAAUCGAUUCUUUAGAAGGAAGACAAGAAAUGUCAUCGUCGUAUGCAGAUUUACAAAAUGUGACGCUCACGGCGGCCGAAAAGGAUCAGAACUCACUUCCAUGUUAUUUUGAAGAAAAAACGCCUAAAACAACAAUUGAGAUGGAAUUAGAUGAUAAUGAUGCGCCUCCAAAUAUAUCGCAAUGCGAAUCAGAAGCAAUGACAGAAGAAAAUCAAUAUAAGGAAAAGGACCAGGCUUCAAACGUAUUACCUGAAAAUCAAUGUGAAGAAAGUAAUGCACUUCCAUAUAUAGUUGAAGGCACAUCUGAAGUAACGAUGCAGCCUGAAAUACAAAACUUGGGGCACCGAAUAAUAGAUUUUAAUCAUUUCACAUCAGAACUUGUAAAAAUUUCUCAACACAAAUCUCUUUAA